CUCGACGCCACGCCUACCCAGCCCAACCAAAGCCCGCGACUAGGCAGACAGACAACUCCUAACUUGCAGCACAACCAAACUCGCCGCGGUCUUCGGACGCCUUGUCCUCUCCGCGCAACUUCCAUCUGCUGCUCGGGUUUCCUUUCUUUCUUCAUCCCAGAUACUGUCCUGCCAGAUCUGUCGGCGAAACGGAGAGGAAGCACCGGAACUGGAGUCAUGCCGUCAGUGUCCAACACCAUCGAUAGGGUGCGCCGCCACUUUGGGGAUAACUUGAGUCCUGAUGAUGCGUAUCUAAGCUAUCAUGAUGUACGCGUGACAAAGCUAGACGUGGACAGCAUCAAGCACGACUGGUUGACGGACAAUGCGAUUGCCUUCUGGGAAGAGUACCUUGAGCGCGAAGAGCUAUCUCGCGUCCCAGCCGCGCAAAUCGUGCUCCUCCGUCCCUCAAUGUCAUUCAUGCUCAUGAACACCCCGGACCCACUCACCCUCAAGGAGGUGCUCCCCAACUUCUCCAAAACCACCCACAUCUUCCUCCCCAUCAACGACAACCGCGAUGUCAACCUCGCAGAAGGCGGUUCGCACUGGUCUCUCCUUCUCGUCUCCAUCAUUGAUGGCGUCAGUUUCCACUACGAUUCACUGGCACCGUGCAACGACAUGGAAGCUCGGAACACAUCUGCAAAACUAGAAGUGCUGCUUGGCAAGAAGCUGGGUUUCAUCCACAUGAGCGAUUCGCCGCAACAGGAGAACGGGAGCGAUUGUGGGGUAUUCGUGUGCUUACUGAUGAAGCAUCUGCUACUGAAGCGACUCUUGCGCGCGGAUGCAAGUAAGAAGAUCAGCAUGAGUAUGUCUGGGCAGAACGUCAAUGCGCAGGCGGGACGGAAGACUAUGGUCAGGAUCAUCGAUUCUCAAAGGAAGGAAGGCGAGAGGCGGAGGUCGCGCAGUGUGUCUCCCUGCCGGAAAGAUGGACCCAAGUCAAGGAGCCCGCCGCGUAUUGGCGAAGAGAACGAGAGCCUAAAGAGUCAGUAGUAAUUCCUCCUAGCUUGCAGUGUCGUGCACUAGCAUCAUAACGAUGGCGACGGAGAUGGUAGACGGACAGCCAUCAACCCAAUUAUACAAAUCUUGGCGCAACGGAACUCGGAGUAUCAAUUAGUAGUGAAGGAAGGGGAGUUCCCACUAGCGCUUAUAGCUUCGGCUGUCUAUGUUCCUAUGUUCGUAUGGCUGGCGUACAGUUAGCGUAGGGGGUGUUCAAG